UUUAAUAGUCAACACUGUGGAUGCAUCUUAUAUGAGAAAGGAUGUUUGCUUGCAAAGCAUCAUGAUGUGUUGCUAGAAAAGAUUGAGAAUGGUGAGAUUAUGACCGGAAGAGGUUUAAACCAGGAAAGUAGUCUAGCUAGACCUGGAGACACCAGAUGGGGUUCACAUCUUAAAACUUUGCUUCGCAUUUUGGUGAUGUGGGAGGCUAUCAUAGAUGUCCUUGAGAUAGUCAAGAAAGAUUCUGUUAAACCAGCAUGUACUGGAGGAGCUUUAGGUUUAAUUGGAAAAAUGGAGAGCUUUGAUUUUGUGUUCAUCAUGCAUUUGAUGAUAGAAUUGUUGGGCAUGACAGAUAUUUUGUCACGUGCUUUGCAAAGGAAAGACCAUGACAUAGUUGAAGCUAUGCAUUUGAUAACGGAUGUGAAAGAUAGUUUGCAUGAUUUAAGAGAAAAUGGAUGGGAGCCAUUACUUAAAAAAGUGAAAACUUUCUGUGAGAAGAAUGAGAUUGAAGUGCCAGAUAUGGAUGAGGAAAUAAAUAUCAGAGGGACAUCUAGACGUAGGAAGCAAAAUGUAACAAACAUGCAUUACUAUCAUGUUGAGAUUUUUCUUGUCGCCAUUGAUGCCAUCUUGACUGAGUUGAACCAUCGAUUUAGUGAAAUCAGUUCAGAGUUAUUAGUAUGUAUGGCUUGUUUUAACCCAAGGAACUCUUUCUCUAAUUUCAAUGUGGAUAAACUUAUGAGACUUGCUGAAAUUUAUGCUGAGGAUUUUGAUAUUGGUGAGCUUACUCUUUUGCCAAAUCAACUUAAAUCCUUCGUCAACCGUGCUAGAAGAACUCAAGAGUUCCUUGGAUGUUCUGAACAUGGAAAAGUUGCUGAAAUUAUGGUCAAAACUACGAUGAACACAUCUUAUGAAUUGGUUUAUCGUCUCAUUGAGCUAACAUUGAUACUACCAGUGGCAACUGCUUCAGUAGAGAGGAUAUUUUCAGCCAUGUCCCUUAUAAAGACAGAUUUGCGUAGUAAAAUGGGUGAUGAAUGGUUCAAUGACUUGAUGAUAUGCUAUAAUGAGAAGGAGAUAUUUAGAAAGAUUGAAAAUGAAAAGAUCAAAAAGAGGUUUGAAGAGAUGAAAAACCGUCGUAUGUUAAUGCCUAAAAAAUUGAUGAUUGCUUCUUCGGAUGAAUAAUGGGUGUCACCGUCACGCCCGUCGUCUAUUAGUCUCGUACUUUGGCUUUUCGGUAUGGAUAAACUGCAUUUUUAUUUUUUCAUGAUGUAUUUUUAAAUUUCCAUCAGUCAUUGAUGUUUCAAUAUCAUAUUGCUUCAAACUAUUAUAUUUCUCUUUUGUGGGGUGUCUUAACGGAGCUACAAGUUGGUGUAGCGUGUUUUUCAGCCCCUCCUAAAUUUUUUUUCUGGAUCCGCCACUGGCCACCGUCCCUGUCGCCCCGCUCUCUUCUCGCCGCUGCUGCGCCCCUGCUCGCUGCUCCCUCGUCGUCCCUCAAUCCCAAUCUCUCCCUGUCACCUCUCUCAUCAGAUCUGGCGAGGCAGUGAGGAAGCACGACGAGAUGUCCAUGCCGCUCACUCGUUGCUGUCGAAGCUUGGCAGGGGUUUCGCCCUAUUCAUCAACGUCAGGGACGACCACAGCACCACGCUGCUGCAUCUCGCGGCCAAGCAGGGGCGUGCAGAUGUUGCUGGAGAACAACGGCAUUGUAUCCGCUUUGACAGGCUCAUACAGGUUCCCUGGUAGCACGUCGUUGCAUCUUGCUGCUCGUAGUGGGAACCUGGAUUGCAUCUAGAAACUGCUUGCCUGGGGAGCAUAUCGUCUCCAAAGGGACUCGGCAGGCAUUCACAUCUCAUGAAGUUGCUGCCAGUGACCAUGUUCAUGGGGAUUGGACUGAUGGACCGCUUCUUGUCACAAGGAUACAUGAAGGGUCUGAGAAAUCUGCAGUUGCUGGGUAUUGCCUACAUCACCCUGGCCACCCACAUACAAGAGAACCAGCAGUACAAUUGGUAUAAUGGGAUGAGCAUAGGUAUGGAGAAAGACACGAAAGAGUUAGCCUAUGGGAUAUUUGGAACCCCAGAAAACUCUCUGGUUUUCUCUUGUCCAUUGAAUUUGAAUUGGCAAUGCAUUCCCAGUUAUGGAGUUCCUGGGCUACAAAUUGAAUCUGUAAACAAGUCAUCAAUUCCAAGGCACAAGCAAAUCCAUUUGGUAACUUGAUCAUCUCAGAGUUGGCUUCGAUGCUUAAUCAAUCUGGCCAGAACCUCGGAAGUCCGCUUGCUUCGAAACUCUUUUUUUGCAGAUAGACAUCUAUGUUAACAUGUUGAUGAUGUGUUUGCUACCGGAUGUGGUGGUUUCGUAUUGAAUUCAUCUUCUUCCAUAUAUAUAGUUUGAUUUUCACAUUUUA